UUGACAGUUGGCAAUCGUUGUUUAGUUUAAGUUUGGUAGCGUUGCUUUAGAAAAUCAAUAAAGUGCUAGUUACCGAAUUGAAUAAUAUUAGAUUAUACUGGCAUUUAAUCAAUUCAUUGUUAAAAAUGACGGACAUCAAAUCAUUCCUACAUCAGUAUUGCCAAAAAAACCAGAAAGAGCCUGUUUUUGAGGUUCGUCCUACCGGGCCGAAACAUAGACAGAGGUUUCUUUGUGAACUACGUAUAGAUGGUUAUAGUUAUGUAGCUGCUGGUAAUUCCACUAACAAGAAAGAUGCUCAAAUUAAUGCUUCCAAAGAUUUUGUUGCUUAUCUGGUCAGACAAAAUUUUCUUAAUAAAUCAGAUGUACCUAUCGAUUUGGAAGCGGGGUUACCACCUACCCCAUCAAGUGAUCCAAGUCCACUUCCUAGCGGACCUUCGCAUUCAGUUUUUGGACAGGGAAUGGGUCCUGAGAAAUUCGGUGAAGCUUAUCGCCCAGUAAAUAGAGGAGGUAAUGAUAACUUCAGAGAAGGCAAUGAUUGGCAUUAUAUGGAUAGAGCUCAAGAGCAGAAACGGUUGGAAGAAGCAGAAGAUCUUGAUGUGAAUGCUCAAAUACACGGAAAUUGGACAAUAGAAAAUGCUAAAUCUAAACUACACCAGUUUUUACAAAGCAACAAAAUCAAUGCCGAUUAUAAAUAUUCACAAAUUGGACAAGACCAUAACAAGUCUUUUGUUGCAGAAAUGAGUUUUUAUGUCAAGCAGUUGGGAAGAACAAUACAUGGUAGAGAUACUGCGUCCAAUAAACAAUCUGCAAGUAAAAGUUGUGCUUUAUCUAUCAUUAGGCAAUUGUUCCAUUUGGGUGUGAUAGAAGCUUAUUCUGGAACAUUAAAAAAAAAUAAAACUGCUAGUGAAAUGACUCCAUUUGAUGUCAAAUUAGACCCAGAGCUUCGUAGAGAAGUGCAGGAGUGUUUGGACGAGUUGCAAAUAAAAGUUGAUUUUAAAAAAUCCGAUCAACCGGUAUCACUCUUAUCGGAACAGGUAUUGGCUGAUUUUGUAGCAGCCAAACCCACACAAGGUGGGGUGGUACCUUGGAGUCCUCCCCAACAAAACUGGAACCCAUGGUUGGGUUGUAACAUUGACGAAGGUCCCUUAGCUACGGCUACACUUGAGAAAUUGAGCGAAGAUUUGCUAGAAGACAUGAGAAUGGCUCAAAAUAAUCAGAAUGUACAGGAGAGUGUGAGGAAUAGGCAGCAAUUGCCCGUUUUCAAUAUGAAAGGGGCUGUUAUGGAAGCUAUAAACGAACAUCCUGUUAUUAUCAUCAGAGGAAAUACUGGUUGUGGUAAGACCACCCAGGUGUGCCAAUUCAUUCUGGAAGAUUAUAUAAUGUCGGGACAAGGUGCUUGGUGUAACAUCGCUGUUACCCAACCCAGAAGAAUCUCUGCGGUGUCUGUGUCUGAAAGAAUAGCCCAGGAAAGAUGCGAAGACCUUGGCCAGAGCGUUGGCUAUUCCGUAAGAUUCGAAAGUGUCCUACCACGUCCUUACGGUUCGAUAAUGUUCUGCACUGUCGGCGUCCUCCUCAAGAAGCUCGAAGCAGGACUCAGGGGGGUCAGCCACGUGAUUGUGGACGAAAUUCACGAAAGAGACGUGAACAGCGACUUCAUAAUGGUAGUUUUGAGAGAUAUGAUCCACACCUACCCCGAUCUCAGGGUCAUUCUUAUGUCGGCAACGAUAGAUACGACUCUAUUUUCCAAAUAUUUCAACAACUGUCCCGUUAUCGAGGUACCGGGCAGGGCUUAUCCUGUGACGCAGUACUUCUUGGAGGAUUGCAUCGAACUCACCAAGUUCAUACCGCCAUUGGAUACUAGAAAGAGAAAGAGCGGAAGUAAUAAGGAUAAGGACGAUGACGAAGACACUGUACCAGAUGACGACGAGAAUUUGAAUAAGGUCAUAGAUGAAGGCUACAGCGAUGCAACCAAAGCUGCAUUGGCGAAAAUAAGCGAAAGGGAAAUCAGUUUUGAACUUUUAGAAGCCCUUCUCAAAUACAUCAAGUCUCAAAACAUUCCGGGGGCAGUUCUUGUAUUUUUGCCCGGUUGGAAUCUAAUCUUUGCCAUGAUGAAGCAUCUUCAGAAUCACCCGCUAUUCGGCGGUCAGCAGUACAGCAUCCUGCCUCUGCAUUCCCAGAUCCCGAGGGAGGACCAACGCAAGGUCUUCGAAGACACCCCUCCCAGCGUAACCAAGGUGAUCUUGUCGACCAACAUAGCAGAAACGUCGAUCACCAUCAACGACGUUGUGUUCGUCAUCGACAGUUGCAAGUCCAAGAUGAAGAUGUUCACUUCGCACAACAACAUGACCAGUUACGCCACUGUCUGGGCCUCCAGGACCAACCUGGAGCAGAGGAAGGGUAGGGCAGGUAGGGUGAGGCCAGGUUUCUGCUUCACCCUCUGCUCGAAGGCGAGACACGCAAAAUUGGACGAGCACAUGACACCGGAGAUGUUCAGGACACCGUUGCACGAGCUGGCCCUGAGCAUCAAGCUGCUGAGGUUGGGGUCUAUCGGUCAUUUCUUGAGUAAGGCCAUAGAACCGCCACCACUCGACGCGGUCAUAGAAGCCGAGGUGCUCCUGCGCGAGAUGAAAUGUCUGGAUAAGAACGACGAGCUGACACCGUUGGGUCGCAUCAUUGCCAAACUGCCCAUAGAGCCGCGUCUUGGCAAGAUGAUGGUGCUGGGUUGCAUAUUCAUGUGCGGCGCCCCCUUGGCCACGAUGGCGGCCAACUCUACCACCUUCCCCGAGAUCUUCCAGAUGGAGAUGGGACAGCGUAGACUGAGCAAUCACCAGAGGGCGUUGGCCGGUGAUAGGCAUUCGGACCACGUUGCCAUGUUGACCGCUUUCGAGCUGUGGGAUAGAGCCAGGCAGGGGGGCGAAGAGGCGGAGAUCAGGUUUUGCGAGUACAAAGGUAUUAGCAUGCCUACAAUGAGAGUGACUUGGGAGGCGAAAUAUCAACUGCAGCAGAUCCUGCAGAACUGCGGCAUACCGGAAGAAGCCAUGGCGCCCAUAGCCAUGGAAACCGUGGGACCGGACCCCAAAUUAGACGUGGUGAUGUCUCUGAUGUGUUACGGGCUCUACCCCAACGUCUGUUACCACAAAGAGAAAAGGAAGGUCCUGACCACCGAAAGCAAGUCGGCCUUGAUCCACAAGACUUCCGUAAACUGCUCGAACUUUGAGUUAAAGUUCCCAUAUCCGUUCUUCGUGUUUGGUGAGAAGAUCCGUACCAAAGCGGUGUCCUGCAAGCAGAUGACGAUGGUAACGCCUCUCCAUCUGCUCCUUUUGGGGUGUCGCAAGGUGGAAUGGGUGGAUAACAUGGUCAGGUUGGACAACUGGAUAAACCUGAACAUGGACCCCGAGGAAGCUGCGGAGAUCGUUGCACUCAGGCCGGCCUUGGAAAGUCUGGUGGUUAGGUGUUCGCAAGAACCGGAAUCGCUGAUGGAGAUGGGCCCCAGCGAUCAGAAGGUGAUCUCGGUCAUCAAGAAGCUCUGCGAGCUGAAUGCGGGCAGCUUUGGCAUCAAGAGGGAGAGCGGGGGUGGUUCAGAUUUUCAGAGUAGGAGACCUCCGAGGGGACAUACGUUGGGAGGUUACAGUGGGCCACCACCGAAAUUCUCUAGAGGUAGAGGGGGAUUUAGAGGAGCUAGAGGGGGUAACGGUGGUGGAGGUUAUAGUGGAGGGGGUUAUGGAGGAAGAGGUGGAUAUGGGGGGGGAAAUGAGGGAGGUUAUGGAGGCAGAGGAGGUUAUGGUGGGGGCAGUUUUGGUCGAGGAGGAAGGGGAGGAUUUAGGGGUGGUUACGGAGGAGGUUAUUGAGUAUAAAGUUUUAGUUUAAGAUUGUGAUAAUUGUUUCGUUUUAGUUUUUGGUACAAUAAAUAUCAUUUCCAUCUCA